AGCACGCUGUUCGUUACACUUUAAAAGAUAAACUUUACAGAACAUGCACCCUUUUACUAGCUGCUAAAAUGAGUUCUCAGAAAGGCAACGUUAAUCGGUCGCGGAGCCAGAAGCAUCAGAAUUCCACCGCCUUCAGAAAUGACAAAUACGGCGCCACUGUGCAAGUUAAGAAAGCUAAAUCAAAGAUCCACGACGGACUGUGUCAACAUUGUAAGGGUGUUCUGGAAUGGAAGAUCAGGUACAACAAGUACAAGUCACUAACACAGCCCCGAAAGUGUGUGAAGUGUUCUCAAAAAACUGUGAAAGAUGCAUACCACAUAAUUUGUAAGCCCUGCUCCCUCCAGCUAGAGCUCUGUGCAAAGUGUGGGAAGAAAGAGGACAUUAUCAUUCCGAUAAAUUCACAAACAAGGAACGAUCAAGAUCAGAGGGAGGAAGACAAUGAGAAGGAGAAAGGGGGUGGGCAGAGAAAGAAGAACUUGGACAGUGAUGAUGAUGAUGAUGAUGAUGACUACUUUGGGAUUGUUGAUGAUGAGGAGGAGGACGAGGAGGACAAUGACUUUGACAGUGACUUGGGACCUAGAAAGACACAGAGCAAAUCUGCCGUGCACCCUGACUUAUCCUGCGUUAACAUCAAUGAUCAAUAAGAAAAGGUGGCCCAGGUGAUUUUUUUUUUUUGGGGGGGGUGGUUAACACCACAACAGUUUGGCAAGACAUUUUACAACCUGUUUGUUUCAAUGAAACAUGAGGUGUGUGAGGCAAACAUAUCAAGGUAAAAAUCAGCAUAUCGAGUAUCUAUAGCAAAAGCCAAAUAUGUGUUGAAAAACUGAAUUAUCACAUUUCUUUUAUGGACCCUCUGAAGACCAUAAAAUGUGCAAAUUUGUCUCAAUUGUUGUAUUCUACAAUAACUACCAAUUACAUUCAUUUUUUGUCUUAUGUAUUCAAAUAUAUAUUAUACACUUCAGCAAAUAAGUUAUUGCCUAAUAAUAAAAAUAACUGCAGUGUGGCUAUUGUGGAUUAGCUCAUGUUUCUGCAUAUGGUACAUGUAUGUAUGCACAUAUUUGUAUGUAUGCAAACUUGCAUUUUAUAAUUAUAGAUUUGUAUCGGUUGCUUCCACCCUUAGGUUCUUAGGGCUAUAAAUGAAUUGCCUCAUUCCAUUUUUGAUGUUAUAUGAGGCACUCAUCCCAUGUAAAAAGGGACAAUUUGGUGACCUUAAAGUGUUAUGCUAAUAAAUGCUUGCUU